UUUAGCGUUUUGCCUGUUGGUUGGUUAUGUGUAUGGUUGUAUGUUUUGUACUAUUUGUUGGAGAAUCUUUAAAUUUCGAGAUUUGACAUGAACGUUUUUAUCGUUAUUGGCUAGAGCGUAUAAUUAACGUACACUUUUCUUGGUUUGAAGAAAAAGUUAUAUGAAAGGGAAAGUGAAUGAUAUGAACAUCUCAUCUACCUUGGAUUUAUAGGGGCAUUUGAAUAGAGUCCAUUUGUGUUUGCUUCUGUUCAAUACAAGAAAUGGGAUCUAAUCUGAAUUUCAAGAACUUUGGUGAAGCUCCAAGUAUGGAAGGGAAUGGAUCAAAGGCAAUGGACAGUUUCCUAUUGGGUAGGCAGUCAUCAAUAUACUCGUUGACCUUCGAAGAGCUGCAGAACACAUUCGGUUGUCUCGGCAAGGACUUUGGAUCGAUGAACAUGGAUGAACUCUUGAGAAACAUAUCUACUGCUGGAGAGACUCAGGCUGUGAUGACAGCUUCAGUUCCAGGAGGAGAAGAUGGUGUUUCUGGUGGUAAUUUGCAGAGGCAAGGUUCAUUGACAUUGCCGAGGACUCUGAGUCAGAAAACAGUUGAAGAAGUAUGGAAAGACUUAUUUAAGGAAAACGAUGGUACUAAAAAUGUAAGUAAUGGGGGUGGUGCUGUUGUUGGUGGAGCGAAUUUGCCACAAAAGCAACCGACAUUGGGAGAGAUAACUUUGGAGGAGUUCUUGGCGAGGGCAGGUGUAGUAAGAGAAGAUAUCCAACAGGUUGGAAUGCCAAAUAACACUGGAUUCUUUGAUAACAACUCUGGUCUAGUACUUGGAUUUCAACAAACUAAUGGAAACAAUGGUUUUUUGAGUAACAAUAGCUCAGUUCUUAGUCAGCCUCCAAGGCUACCAUUAGACAUGAGUGUAGCCAAAUCAUCACAACCGCAGCAGCAGCAAAAACAACAACAGCCGAUCUUUCCCAAGCAACAAACAGUUGCAUUUGGUCCAUCUAUGCACUUGAUAAACACCACACGGUUUGCUAGCCCUGGAGCUCGGGGUUCGGUAGCAAUGAAUACUAAUCUAGUUCAAUCUACUGGGCUGCAGAGUGGUGGGAUGGGAAUAGCUGGUUUAGCAUCUCCUGCAAACCAUAUAUCUUCAGAUGUGAUUUCAAACAACAGCAUAGAUAACUCUUCUUUAUCACCGGUUCCUUAUGCAUUUGGCCGGGGAAGAAAACGCAGUGCAGCUUUGGAGAAAGUAGUUGAGAGGAGGCAAAGGAGAAUGAUUAAGAACAGAGAGUCAGCGUCUAGAUCACGAGCUCGCAAACAGGCUUAUACAAUGGAGCUUGAAGCUGAAGUUGCAAAACUUAAAGAAAUGAACCAAGAAUUGCAGAGGAAACAGGAAGAAGUUAUGGAAAUGCAGAAAAAUAAGAUGCUAGAAAAACUGAACCAAUCAUGGGGAGGUAGAAGACAAUGCUUGAGAAGAACACUGACAGGCCCUUGGUAGAGUUGACGAACUGCUGAUGGUAGAAUUGUUUCUUUGAUGCACAAUCUUAGCCAGAUAUGGUCUAACAAUUGCUGCCUGUGUCUAUUUUCUAUUAUCUUGAUAAUACUGCAUAGGAGCUAGACAGCUGUAAAUAUAGGUACAAAGGGUUUUGAAUUUCAAGUUAUGAACUUGAUUUAGUUUCACUUGGUGGAUUUGAUCUCUGUUUGUCGAUCUCGACUUAACUUUAACAACAAGGGCAGGCUUGUAGGAUAGAUGGAUGCUCCUAUACCUUUAUGUACACUCUACCCCAAUGCUUGUAAAUGUAAUUUAUGUGUUUGCAUGUUGUAAGAAACAAGCUAUAGAUUUUGAUUCUGGGUUUCUUGUUUGUAGAACAGC